CACAUCCACAGUGUGUGUUUGUCACUGAGGGGUGGGGGGGUGCAGUCCAAAAAAGACUGAGAGGGUGGGAUGUUACUGUAAAUGUGUUAGAGGACAACACCACUCUUACUGUAAAGCUAAGACAUCAUGGACACCAGGCUGUCUCUGAAGAUCUAACCCAACCGGCCCCCCACCCACUGGGCGCCAUGUCGACGGGCCCUGGCCUUGGUAAACUGGACCUGGCUGAGGGCCCCCAGUCCACGGGACUGGUUGGACUCCAAACCCUGCUGGACCUGCUGGUGGGAGUCUACCAGGAGUUCUAUUCCUCGCCCUUCGCAAGGGAGAAGUAUGUCUCUGGUUUCCUGCAAUGGGCGGAGCCCCUGGUGAGGCAGGUGAAGAAGACCCGCAUCAAAAGAGAAGACUUUCACAUCCUAAAGGUGAUUGGACGAGGCACUUUUAGUGAGGUGGCUGUGGCAAGAAUGCGCAGCACACAACAAGUGUACGCUCUGAAGAUAAUGAACAAAUGGGACAUGCUGAGGAGAGGGGAGACGGCAUGUUACCAAGAGGAGAGAGACGUUUUGCUGAGGGGUGAUAGGCGCUGGAUCACUGAGUUGCACUACGCCUUUCAGGAUGACAACUAUUUGUACCUGGUGAUGGAUUACUAUGUAGGUGGUGACCUGCUGACUUUGCUCAGUAAGUUUGGAGACCGGAUCCCAGAGGACAUGGCUCAGUUCUACCUGGCUGAGAUGGUCAUGGCUAUUGACUCUGUCCACAGAUUGGGUUACGUCCAUAGAGACAUCAAACCCGAUAACAUCCUGGUGACGGCGGAUGGACACAUCAGACUUGGAGACUUUGGGUCCUGUCUCAGGCUCCUAGAGGACGGGAUGGUUCACUCGUCACUUGCGGUUGGGACCCCGGACUAUUUGUCCCCAGAGAUUCUGAGGGCAGUGGAGGGAGGUGGAGGCUAUGGAACUGAAUGUGAUUGGUGGGCUCUGGGUAUCUGUGCAUUUGAGAUGUUACUGGGGUCCACACCUUUCUAUGCUGAGUCCAUCUCUGAAACAUACGCCAAGAUCAUCCACUUUCAGGAGUAUUUUGAGUUCCCUCCAUCUGGUCCAGAGAUUUCAGACAAUGCUCGGUCUUUUAUCACUGGGCUCAUCUGUGAGAGAGAUGUCCGUCUGGGGAAGAAAGGCUUCAGUGACUUCAGGAGCCACCCCUUCUUCUGUGGACUAGACUGGGGGUCCCUUCAUAAACUCCCAGCACCUUUCCUACCUGAAGUAUCUAAUCCAACAGACACAUCCAACUUUGACCUUUUGGACGACUGUUUGAGUGACAUGGAGACAUUGUCUGAUGUGAUGGACAGAGCACCAAUAGGAGUCCAUUUGGCUUUUGUAGGAUUCUCUUACACUGCUACCAGCCAGACAGGUGCCAUCGACCGCAGUCAAGACAUCAUGAUGCAGAUUGACCAGAGAGGGCUCAGAGAAUGUGAAAGCCUCUAUCCUCCUGAGAAACUGAACCAGCUGUGGCAGCUCAGAGACUCCCUACCAGACAACCUGUCUGCGCUGCUGCAACUCCCUCUGACUCUGGACCAAGGUCCGACUGCAUCGACCCACACUGAAGAGGAGGAGGAGACCGACCAAAUAUCAGGACUCAAUGAUGACAUGCAGAGGCGGUUGCAAGAAGCAGAGAGGAGAUACUGUGAGUUGGAAAAAGAAAUGGAGAAGUUGAAAGAAGAGAUGCAGGACUGGAGGGCCCCCAAAGAGACAGAGCUGAGUAUCUGCCCAGCAUCUCUUGCUCUGCCUGCCCACUGUGUGGACGCACCAGGGGAUAGGGAGAGAGCGCCCCCUGCCUGCCAUUACCCACUGGUGAUUCCUCUCCACAGACACCUGCUCCUGUUCCACAGGGUUCGUCUUCCACAGGUGAGGAGUGAGUCGUACUUGCUGGUGUGUGCAGAAGGGGGGGAGCUCCAAGCCUGGGACAGACACUGUUACACCGAGCUCUCUUGAGGAGGCGCAUUCAACAGGACGGAGGACCGAGCCCCUGAUCUGCCGUCCCCCCCUCGUCGGCAGCCUACACCGCACUAGCAGAGGGGCUUGAAUGAGAGCAGCUGAGGGUGUCAUUACUGUAGGAGUGUGUGGACUUUCCAGUUUCUGAAGAACUGACAGAAGAAGACGACUGGGAGCUGAGGAGGAAGGAAUGAUGAGGGAGAUCUUCUGAACUACCUUACCUGCUCACCAGACUGAAUAUUUAGACCCGAGAGACUUACAUGAAUGGGAGACUAUGUCAGUGUUGAAGUGACACAGAAAAGGGGCCAGAAGGAUCACUCCAUGAGCAUAAUAUCUUCAUGCAUUUUAGAUCAUACUGGUGCAUUAUGUUGUUACAGUGAAUAUGUAUCAUGUAUCUGCACCCAGGAGUGGUUUGCACUUGUGUUGCACUACUAUAGGCAUGUUGUUGUUGUGCCUGUUUUAGUAUUCAGAAGGUAACUCAUAAUGACAAUGGCUGUGGCUUUGGUGUUAUAAUGGUUGAUGCAUAUUAAGUGAAGCCACACCACUGCAGGGUCUUUUAGUGUGAAUGGUGUGUGUGCAGAAAGUAGAUGAACGGCGUGUUGCACUGAGAGGGAUGGGAACUGACACCAGUACCUUUAACGAGCCUGCUUAUUGGUCUGAAUUCUUGUUGAUUCCAUUAUUGAUUCUUGAUCGAUUUCUUGUGUGGGGGAAAAAAUUAAGAAGAAAAACACAAGCACGUAAUCAAAUGCUGUGAUCUUGAGCCUCAACCGUUGCUGUAGAAACAGUCUGUCCUCAUCUAAAAUAGAUGAAAUGAGACUAUAUUUGUACCCAUUUUGAUUUGAGUUAUUGUAAUGUGCAGGAUUUUAACCACGCAACACAUGUGCAGCUUAACAGGGAAGCAGAGUGUCAAAUACACAGCAUUUCCAUGAUCUAACAUCAGAAGGAUACUGCAUCUUAUUAUUGAUGCUUCUGUUCUUACUUCAAGUGAUUAUUUUACAGACAUCGAACCAGAAGUGUUGUCAUCUUUCUUUAUAAAAUGAAGCCACACUUUGGAUCAUAUUCUGUAGCAUGUGUCUUAUAGUGUCACUGACUCUGUUUCCAAAAAAUAGCAAGUAAAUUUUAAGCAUACUUUUGAGAAGUUGCAUUAUAAUGCAUUUCUAUAAACUAGCUGGAGUGGAAUAAUUCGGCUUCAUUGUGUCGUCAGCAGGCGGCACUGUAGGCUAUAUUACACAUGGCUGUAAGAAGCAGAGUAGAAGAAGCAGGACACUCUAUUGUUGUUUUUUAUCUACAAUGUACAGUAUAUGAUGUCGUCUUUCUCAGAUAAGAAAGAUGAUUAAUUUAUUGGUCCACACUACCUGCUGUACCAGCCUAGUAUUCAGACUUGAUUGAAAUAUGUGGGAAAACACAGCAAAAAUCUGAACAAUCACAGGAGUUUAACAUUUCUUAAAUCAGAAUUUAAUUAAAAAUAAAUAAAUAAAAAAUUCCUCUCUGCUUCUAAAUCAAUCUCUAGCCACUGAAAGUUGUUUUUUUGUUGUUGUUGUUGUUUUUUUUUAAUUUUGUGAGUUUUUUUGUUCAAUAAGAAAUCUCCAAUGUGAAAUUUCAAAUAUUAAAUAUGUUCGUGAAAACACACCUAUUGUUAGAAAAAAGUCAAAAACCAUCAACAAAAAGAAUGUGAUAAGCUCAUAAAUGUAUGACGCAGAUGGAUCUGGUUCUUGAUUCCCAUCCCUUCAAGUGCAGAUAAUGUCGAACAUUUAUUGAUUGAACCAAGAGUAAACGGUGGGAAACUGAUGGACAAAUAACAUGUUGCUGUAUAAAGCCGAUUUGUAGGGUUUUGUUUAUUUAAACAACGUGACACUAUGUGAAAAGCAGGUAUUAAUUGCACUUUUUAUGUUAAAUCCAUAGUACUCUACAUGUUAUAAACAAGCCUGAAACAACCAAAACUUAAGAAAGAUAGCAACAUUUGCACUCUGCUAUAUUCAGCUCUAUUUAUUUAAAACUGAAUAAAUUCUGAUCACAUCA